AUGAAAAAUCACAUCAUUCUGUGUCGGUGGCUCUGUGUCGGUGGCUCUGUGUCGAUGGCUCUGUGUCAGUGGCUCUGUGUCGGUGGCUCUGUGUCGUGGCUCUGUGUCGGUGGCUCUGUGUCGGUGGUCGGCUCUGUGUCGGUGGCUCUGUGUCGAUGGCUCUGUGUCGGUGGCUCUGUGUCGCUGGCUCUGUGUCGGUGGCUCUGUGUCGGUGGCUCCGGUGGCUCUGUGUCGGUGGCUCUGUGUCGGUGGCUCUGUGUCGGUGGCUCUGUGUCGGUGGCUCUGUGUCGGUGGCUCUGUGUCGGUGGCUCUGUGUCGGUGGCUCUGUCGGUGGCUCUGUGUCGCUGGCUCUGUGUCGCUGGCUCUGUGUCGAUGGCUCUGUGUCGGUGGCUCUGUGUCGGUGGCUCUGUGUCAGUGGCUCUGUGUCGAUGGCUCUGUGUCGGUGGCUCUGUGUCGGUGGCUCUGUGUCGAUGGCGGGCUCUGUGUCGGUGGCUCUGUGUCAGUGGCUCUUGUCGGUGGCUCUGUGUCGGUGGCUCUGUGUCGGUGGCUCUGUGUCGGUGGCUCUGUGUCGAUGGCUCUGUGUCGGUGGCUCUGUGUCGGUGGCUCUGUGUCGGUGGCUCUGUGUCGGUGGCUCUGUGUCGAUGGCUCUGUGUCGGUCAUAAAGUGAUGAUGCGGUAA